AUGUUGGACCUGAACACAUCUGACCUUGAAAUUAUUCAAACACCACUCACUGCAGGAACCUUAGAAUCAGGCGAACAGCUUUCUCAAGCAAGGCAUUUAGGAAUGAAGAAAAUCAAUGAUGCAUAAAUUAUGGGUGUUUCAGAUGGAAUUCUAAAUCUCCAACAAUAAAAACACACCUAUAGCGUCUCCUAAGUAAACCUCGACUAUUCUCCCAUCAUCAAGUAGAUAACAGCUCCUUAAUCUCUAGAUAACUCAUUCAAUGAAAACAAUAUAGUUAUUUAGAGAAAGAUGACAAUUUCUAUUCCAGGGAAUUGUAGCCUAACUCUAAAGAAAAUUUGCGAGGGCUAAUCUGACUCUGCAGCUUUCUAGUCUGAUUCUUGCAAUAGUGGACUAACCAUGCAAUCUAGAAAGGUUAUGAAACUCACUGAAACCAAUGCUGAGGAAUUUAAGAGACAGGAGAGUCUAUAUCUAAGUCCAUUUCAUUUGAUAUUCGAAGAACUUGAAGUUCUAGGAGAGGGAUUGGCUGCUUCUGUUUUAAAGUGCGUAGACAAAAAAACUAGAUUGAUUAAAGCUGUAAAGAAAUUCAGAACUGAUGAUGAGGAGAAAUUACAAGCAGCCUAAAAUGAAUUCAAGCUCUUAAAGAAUUUGAAACAUCCAAACAUUGUAUAAGUCGAGGAGAUUUUCUUUGACAAAUCAAGAAGUACGACAUUUACUGUUAUGGAAUAUAUUGACUGCUAGUCACUUUAAGACUAUGUAAUGGAAAGAGGACCCCUCAAAGAAUCCGAUGCAAAAGAGAUAAUGAAGUAACUAGUUUCUGGUGUAUAGUAUUUACAUUAGAAAAACAUCUGCCACAGGGACAUUAAACCUGAUAAUAUUCUAGUAAAGAAAAUUGAAAACAGCAAAACUUGGUUAGUUAAGAUAGUAGAUUUUAAUGUAGCUAAGGAGAAUGUAAAUUCCAUGAUGACUUGUACUGGUCUCCCUGAAUGGAGUGCUCCAGAGAUGCUAAAAAGAGAAAAGUACACCAAUAGAGUAGAUUUAUGGUCUUUGGGUUGUGUACUAUUCUACAUUUUAUUUGGUCAGAAACCAUUCGAAAGUUAAAACCAUGCUAAACUUCAUUAAUUGAUCAUAAAAUCUUAGUACAAAUUGCCAGAUAUUCACUAUGCAAGCAAGAGAGCAAUCAAACUCAUCAAAAGGCUCAUUUGUGUUAAUCCUGAUCAAAGAUUAAGUGCUGAUGAUACUCUGGGCGAUAAAUGGUUCAUUGGUAAAAAGGAAUAAAGAUAAAUUGCUUAAAUGAUGAAUUUUCCAAAGAGCGAACAGAAAAAAUCAAAGAAACAGAAGAGAUUAGAAACAAGCAGCUUGUCUCUAGGCCCCGAUAAGUAAGAAAUCAAUAGUCCACUUCUGAAAAUGCCAUACGUGCUAUAAAUAGUCAAAUAGAGAUCCAAACGAGACAAAGCUAAAGAGAGAAACAGUGGUGACUUAGAUUCCAUAAAUGUUUCCGACAAAAAUUCUUCCUAAAAGAUUUCAUCAUUUAAAAUGUAGAACAAUGAAGUUUUCCUGAAUUUAAGACCUCUUUUGAUUUAGUCGAGUUCUUAUAAGGAUAAUGGUCAUCAAAUUACAAGAAGAAUAUCGGACGAAAGUCCACUUCCCAAUACUCAAGACUAAGAGACUAAAUAGUCUAUAUCUCUAAAAUAAAUCACCAUCGCGAAUGAAGCGGAUAUGGAUGAUGACUUCUUUAGAAUUAAGCAAGAGUUAGCAUUAGAAAAAUUAUAAGUGCUCACAUUACAAUAAUUCAAUAUAAGUAAAGAAUGA